AAGAAAGGUUGGAUCUAAAUGUAUUUAUUGAAACUAACGCUAAAAUAAAUGGUGGAAUUGCACGGUUAUUAUAAAAACUAUAACGUUGUUGGAAGUUUGUAGUGAAACAUGAACUAUAAUACCGCUUUUGAAAUAGUUUUUCUGACGCGUUUGAUUCUUGAGAAGAGAAACAUUAACUGGAGCCAAGAAUUAACUGUUGUGGCAAUUGUAUCAAGAUCCGGUAUGGGUGAACUAAAGAAAUGUUUGAAAAAUUCAAAAUUGCUGGAACGUCAGAUACGUUUUAGGUGUGGUAUUCAAAACACUGUCUUUGAUGUAUUACAAGCACGAGCAGGCUGGCAGGAAGUGGUAAGUGAAGAAGACUGGGAUUUCUUUUGGUGUGACCGAGAAUUCUCAAAAGACAACUACACAGGAUUGUACCUGCAUGAACACCAGCGGAUGCUUCAUUUCAGAAACCAUCAUGAGCUUACAAGAAAAAAUCUGAUGGUGAAAAAUCUAAAGCGUUUGAAACGACAAGUUGAGAGAGAUCAUGGGAAAGCUGAAGGUCAAUUUGCAGCAGUUACUGCUAUUUCCAGCCGCAAGAUGUCUAUCAUUGACAAGCUUCGAAGAGGCCAGAAUUAUGCUGAAUAUCAUAUUUUUGUUGAAGAGUUCAAGAGAAACCCAGGACUUGUAUGGAUUAUGAAACCUGCAGCAAAAUCACAAGGAAAAGGUAUUUUCCUCUUCAGAAAGUUAAAAGAUAUAAUUGACUGGAAAAAGAGUGAAAAUCAGUUAAAUAAUGAUAGCAACAAGGAAGCUCCUGAAACAUAUGUCGUCCAAAGAUACAUUGCAAAUCCAUAUCUGAUUGGAGGCAGGAAAUUUGAUGUCAGAGUGUAUGUGCUUGUAACAUCAAUUGCACCUUUAAAAAUUUGGAUUUACAGGAAUGGAUUUGCUCGAUUCUCUAACACACGGUAUUCUUUGGAUGCCAUAAGUGAUAGCUUUAUUCAUUUAACAAAUGUUGCCAUCCAGAAGACUGCUCCGGAUUAUGAUCCAGAGAAAGGCUGCAAGUGGUCAUGUCAGGAUCUCAGACAGUACCUUUAUGCCAAACAUGGAUUAGAAGUAGUGAAAGACAUAUUUCUGCAAAUUGACCUCACCAUCAUCAGAAGUCUGCAGAGUGUACAGAAAAUAAUCAUCAAUGACAAGCAUUGUUUUGAAGCUCUCGGAUAUGACAUUUUAAUUGAUGAUCAACUGAAAGUAUGGCUGAUUGAAAUUAAUGCUUCUCCUUCAUUCACUGCUACCAGCAAAGAAGAUUAUGAUUUGAAAUAUGGUCUCUUAACUGAUGUAUUUAACAUUUUAGAUAUGGAAAAUAGAUUAACAGGCAAUGAAAAAAGAAUUGGUGGAUUUGAUUUACUAUGGCAUGAUGGAGCAGUGCAUUCUGAUGAUGCUAAUAUAAUAUCUAAUGGAGCCAACUCAACCCAUAAUUCCUUUUUAGGUUGUGUAAAUAACCGCAAGACUCAAUUACGGCACAUCUACACUCAAGCAUCAUCAAAGAAGAUAAGUUGAGACUGGCAACAUUUGCAAUACUCCACAAAAUCUUUUGGUUUCUAUGUCAGCUAUUUCGACUCAAGUUGAAAUUUUCUAAGCAAGACAGAAGAUUCAAAUAGAAUCAUUUGAUAUUGAUUUUUAUUUUUUUAAUUUGAAUACAUAAUAAUCGUGUUCUUUACAGCAAAGAAGCAAUUCAGGAAACGGUAUGUUAUUUUCUAUUGGACUGAAAUUAAAAUGAAAUGAAAGUUUUUCUGCUUGAAUUUUGACUUUUAAUAAAAGCAAGAGAAAGUCUGAAACA